AUGGCUUCCAACAAAGACAUGCGACGAGCGGACCUCGUCAUCCCCUACAUCGAGCCCCCCAAGAGUGCCAGCGAUGGCGACAUGUCCAGUACGCGAUUCUCCUCUCCUCCCGUGGUCUUCCGUUUCAAACAAAACCAUUGCGGUACGCUGUGUCACUCCAUUUCGAUGACGGACACCACUAACAAGUCCCGGCAGAUGUUCACGCGUAACCGAAUGAUUGGAUGGGUGUCAUUUGUCUUCUCUCUUCAGUCAUGGCUUGCCGAGUCUCCCGAACAAAAGAAGAAUGCUGCAACUCCAGCUUACAUGUCUGUCUUCAUGUCUCUGAUGGCUCUCCUCGUUACAUACUUCCCCCUCUUCAUGCCUCCCCAGGCGAAGGCCGCUCCCGGUGCCAAUGUGCCAUCCGCAUGA